AUGGGGUUUUUUAAAAAACUAUUUAAUCCUAUAUCUAAAACUAUUGAAUCUGGAACAUUUCAAGAACGAGUAGCAUUUAAAUUUGACAAAAUAACAAAAGGUGAAAAAAUUCCAGCACCAAAAUAUGAAACAGAACAAAAAGCCUAUGAAAAUAUAAUGAAAGAUGAAAAAAUUAAAAAGGAAAUAGAACAAAAACAUGAAACAUUAGUUGAAAAUAUGAAUAAAUUUAAUAUUAAAAGUACUGAAGUUAUUAAUGACACCAAAUCAGACAAACAAUAUCCAACUCGUGAAACUGAAAUUGCCCAUAAAAAUGACCCAUCAUGGGAAUAUUUCUUUUAUGAACCUCCAAAAGAUAAAAUGCUGCCAAAUAGGUUAACUUUACGGGAAGCACUAGAAAUUUUAAGAACUAAACAUGAAGAAAUUCAAAUUAAACCAGAAAAUCAUGAACGUUUAGCAGAAGUUAAAAAAUCUCUUUCUGAACAUAGUGCUGUUCAAAGAAUAGAUGAAGAAAAGUUAAAUCAAAUGUGGAAAUAUUUUAGACCAUUUGCUCGAUCAGACCAAGAAAGGGUUACUAGAAAAGAAGACUUAGCUUACCUACAAAAUCUUUUAAAUAGAAAAGAACAUGAAAUAGGAUUUUUAGAUAUAGGAAAACGAGAUCCAAAAACAUUACAAAGUCUUGAAGCAAGAGAAAAGGCAAAAAUUUUAGAAUUAGAGGAAAUUAAGAAGUUAGAAGAAAUAGAUAAUAAAUUAAAAAAAAAACUUGAUUAA